UUAUUAUGAAUCCUAUGCAGUUUAAUCCACCAAGAUCAACUAUUACAAGCCAAGUUACACCACCAGGACCUAAUUUUCCAAAUAACGGAGGAUUUACUUCAAUUCAAAGCAAAAAUCAAUUCCAAAUUUCAAACUAAAGUCAACCACCACCCAUUAUGCCUAUUCAUGGAUUAAAUUCAAUGCCAAUGGGAAACUAAGCGCAAAACUCUAUUUUCAAGACUCAAGAUAUGAAUUAAAAAGAAAAGGAGGAAAUGAUACAUCAGUUGAACAUUGUUGUGCGCGAUGCCAAGUAGAGGCAAGAGGAUAUUAAAAAGCAUUAUUAGAAAAUUUAUGAUUGAUUGGGAUUAUUGUAUUUCUAUUAAAAAUAUAAUUUUAAUGUAC